CUGCAGGACAGCCAUGGAGCUGCUCUGGAUGGCCCUGCUGCUGGUGGCUACUUGUGUCUCUACUGUCCACAACUCACCAGAGGUGAACACCGAUGUUCCUAGCAUCAACAUAACCAAGCCCUUGCACAUCAGGGAGGAACACAAUCUGCUGGUGCUGACGCCUGCUGGCCUGAUCCAGAUGCUGAACCAGACCCGCUUCCUCAUAGUGCUUUUCCACAACCCAUCAUCAAAGAAAUCCAGAAACCUGGCGGAGGAGCUGGGAAAAGCUGUGGAGAUGGUGGGCAAAGGCAAGAACGGGCUCGGCUUUGGCAAAGUGGACAUCACGGUAGAGAAGGAGCUUCGGCAGGAGUUUGGCAUUACGAAAGCCCCGGAGCUGAAGCUAUUUUUUGAGGGCAACAGAUUGGAGCCCAUCAGCUGCGAAGGAGUGGUUGAAUCUGCUGCGUUGGUCGUUUGGUUGAGAAGACAAAUAAGCCAGAAAGCGUUUUUGUUCAACAGUAGCCAAGAGGUGGCAGAGUUUGUGACAGCCAGGCCCUUGGUCAUCAUGGGCUUUUUCCAGGAUUUAGAGGAAGAAGUAGCAGAGCUGUUCUACGAUGUUAUCAAAGACUUCCCAGAGUUAACGUUCGGAGUGAUAGCAAUUGUUAAUACAGCUGGGCGUUUCCACGUCACUCUGGACAGUGUCCUGGUGUUCAAAAAGGGAAGAAUUGUGAACCGCCAAGAGCUCAUCAAUGAGAGUACCAACAAACAAGACCUCAACAGAGUCAUAAAACAGCACCUUACAGAUUUUGUGAUUGAAUACAACUUUGAGAAUAGGAAUCUGAUUUAUGAAUUGAACAUCCCGAAUCACAUGCUGCUGUUUGUCUCCAAAAGCUCUGAGUCAUAUGAAGUCAUAAUUCAGCAUUAUAAGCUGGCAUUGAAGGAAUUCCAAAACAAGAUCCUUUUCAUCCUUGUGAACACCGACGAGUCCAGAAAUGGCCGUGUCUUAGAAUACUUCCGUGUCACAGAGGUCGAUGUCCCAUCUGUACAAAUUCUAAACAUGAGCUCCGACAACAGGUACAAAAUGCCUUCAGAUGAGAUAACCUACGACAACCUCAGGAAAUUUGGCCAUAGCUACCUGGGUAAAAGUGCCAAGAAACAUCAGUCCAGUGAAGAGAUUCCAAAAUAUUGGAACCAGGGACUAGUUAAGCAGCUUGUGGGGAAGAACUUCAACAUAGUCGUCUUUGACAAGGAAAGAGACGUAUUUGUGAUGUUCUAUGCGCCCUGGUCUGAAAAGUGUAAGGCGCUGUUCCCAUUAUUGGAGGAGUUAGGCAGAAAGUAUCAAAACCACUCCACAGUCACCAUCGCCAAGAUCGACAUCACAGCCAACGACAUUCAGCUAAUGUAUAUGGACCGGUACCCAUUCUUCAGGCUGUUCCCUACCGACUCUCAACAAGCCAUCCUAUAUAAGGGAGAACAUACCCUGAAGGGCUUCUCUGACUUCCUGGAAAGCCACGUCAAGACCAGGGUUGAGGAUGAGGAUGAGUUAUUGUUUGUUGAGCAAAAUGAAAUGACAGAAGAGGAGGUAUUAACUGAGGAAAAGGAGAUACCUGUUAUAGAGGAAGAGUCACCUGAAGAGCAGUUGCCUAAGGUGGAGAACAUGACCAAGCACUUGACCAAGCUGGAAGAGGCAGCUGGACGGAAGAAAACACCUGAGGAGGUGGUGGCAGCGGCACCUAAGCCAAAGGGGCCUCCACAACCAGAGAAGAAACCAAAAGUCAAGGAAGAACUUUAGUUCCUCUGAAACCAGGAGGAAAGAUGCCCAUUUUCUAAGUCCUAGCAUCAUAUUCUGAGUGGGUUCGUUCUAAUAAAAGUAUAUAUCACUGUGAUGGGACAGGCAGGGGACGGGAUAAUAAAGCCCUUGAAUGUC